AUGCGUGUCUUCGUCACUGGAGCUGCUGGCUUCGUCGGCCGUGCCGUCACCCAAGAGCUGAUUCAAAACGGCCACCAGGUCCUCGGUCUUGCUCGCAGCGAUGCAUCUGCAGAGACCCUCACUAAGCUCGGCGCUGAAGUUCACCGAGGCGACCUAGACGACCUCGAGAGUCUCAAGAGCGGCGCAGCAGCUGCGGACGGCGUCAUCCAUCUUGCAUUUGGUCAUGAUUUCACCAAAAUGGCCGAAAACUGCGCCACGGACCGAGCCGCGAUUUCGGCAUUGGCCGAGUCACUGGCAGGAAAGCCUCUGGUCAUCACCGGCGGUACCAUGUCGUGCAAGCAUGGCGAACUGGCAACAGAGGAUAGCGAGGGCGAACGAGUUGGACCAGGCGCUGACCGCGUCAAGUCCAGUGAUUUGCUAGACCAGCUCACAAAAGAAAAGGGUGUCCGCGGCAUCACUGUUCGGCUGCCACCCACCGUCCACGGGGCGGAAGACAAGGGAUUCAUCAUGAUCGUUGCCGGCCUGUCUCAGAAGGCCGGUGCCGCCAUCUAUAUUGACGAAGGCAAAUCUCGAUGGCCCACCGUUCACCGACAAGAUGCUGCAGUCGUGUUCCGCCUGGCGCUGGAGAAGGGACGUCCCGGAGCCGUCUACCAUGCUGUUGCUCAGGAGGGUGUGCCGACAAAGGAUAUUGUGACCGUUAUCAGCAAAAAGACAGGUCUUCCGCUGGAAAGCAAGUCGAUUCCAGAAGCCCUGCCUUUGCUGGGAUUCUUUGCCCAUGCUCUGGCCGCCGACAACCCUGCUUCGAGCGAAAAGACCAAGCAGGAACUGGGAUGGGCGCCCACUCAGAUCGAGCUGCUUCCUGACAUUGAACAAAACUAUUUUUAG